CCGUAAUCCACAUUCUUGCGUUAUUUGUUAUUUCCUCUUCUUCCUUUGUUUAUUUUCGCUACUUUCACUUCAAUUCGAAACUCCAAAAUCUGAAAAUCCACCUCCAUUGCCAAAUUAUACCAUUUGUUACUUCCUCAAUAUUCGAAGAACACAAACUAUUUUCACGAAACCCUAAUUUCACUUUCUCAAUUUCUGUGAAAUUUGAUAACUUCUGUCAAUAAUGGGCGAUCCCCAGAGUGAGAGUGAGAGUGAGAAUGGAAAAAUGGCGGAAGUUGCAGAUACUGAGAAGAAGAACGCCAUUAAUGGCGGAAAAGCAGAAAUAGAAGAAGGAGAUAAAGAAAGAGAAGAAGAAGAAGAAGUUGGCCCAGCUUUACCUCCUCAACGUCGUCCUAAACGUCCUCUUCAGUUCGAGCAAGCUUACCUCGACUCUCUCCCUUGCGCCAACAUGUACGAGAAGAGUUAUAUGCAUCGAGAUGUGGUCACUCAUGUCGCAGUGUCCUGCGCUGAUUUCUUUAUAACUGGCAGUUGUGAUGGUCAUCUGAAGUUUUGGAAGAAGAAACCAAUCGGCGUGGAGUUUGCAAAGCAUUUUAGAUCUCAUCUUGGGCCCAUUGAAGGAUUAGCUGUUAGCAUUGAUGGGUUGCUUUGCUGUACAAUUUCUGAUGACCAUUCUGUAAAAGUGUAUGAUGUGGUGAACUUUGACAUGAUGGUGAUGUUACGCUUACCAUAUGUUCCGGGGGCUGCUGAGUGGGUUUACAAACUAGGAGAUAUCAAAGCGAAGCUGGCCAUUGCUGAUCGUAACUCUCCGUUUGUGCAUAUAUAUGAUGUCCGAGCUGGUUCUAAUGAACCUAUUAUCUCAAAAAAGAUACACAGUGGACCGGUGAAGGUAAUGAAGUACAACCCUGUCUUUGACGCUGUGAUAUCUGCAGAUGCAAGAGGAAUAAUUGAGUACUGGAAUCCCAUGACACUUGAUUUUCCAGAAAGUGGAAUUGCUUUCAAACUGAGAACUGAUACAAAUCUUUUUGAAAUGGUGAAGUGUAAAACAACUGUUUCGGCAAUAGAGGUGAGUCCUGACGGUAAGCAAUUUUCCGUUACAUCACCUGAUCGAAGAAUACGCGUAUUUUGGUAUAGGACGGGUAAAUUGAGGCGAGUUUAUGAUGAAUCACUUGAGGUGGCUCAAGAUCUACAAAGAAGUGACACUCCUAUGUAUCGCCUGGAGGCCAUUGAUUUUGGAAGACGAAUGGCUGUCGAAAAGCAAAUUGAGCAAACAGAGACUGCACCUCAACCAAAUGCGGUCUUUGAUGAAAGCUCAAAUUUUCUCAUCUAUGCUACACUCCUUGGGAUAAAAGUGGUAAAUUUGCACACCAAUACAGUAGCACGAAUUCUUGGGAAGGUGGAAAGUAAUGACAGGUUCUUAAAGAUUGCCCUGUAUCAAGGUGACCGAAGUAGUAAAAGAGUGAGAAAGAUGCCUGCAGCUUCUGCAAAUGUUAACGAAAGCAAAGAACCCUUGGUAGAUCCAACUUUGCUGUGUUGCGCAUUUAGAAAACACAGAUUAUAUAUGUUUAGUCGAAGAGAGCCAGAGGAACCUGAAGAUACCACUAAGGGUAGGGAUGUGUUUAAUGAAAAACCUCCUGCAGAUGAACUCCUGGCAGUGUCAGAACUAGGAAAAUCAGCAACAACUUUCCUUCCAGAGAAUGUGAUCCUAAACACCACUAUGGGAGACGUGCACAUGAAGCUCUAUCCUGAAGAAUGUCCAAAAACCGUGGAGAACUUCACCACACAUUGUCGAAAUGGAUAUUAUGAUAAUUUGAUUUUCCAUCGUGUCAUCAAAGGUUUUAUGGUACAGACAGGAGAUCCACUUGGUGAUGGAACUGGUGGUCAAUCAAUUUGGGGAAGAGAAUUCGAGGAUGAAUUUCACAAAAGUUUGCGGCAUGACAGGCCCUUCACAGUUUCUAUGGCAAAUGCUGGUCCGAAUUCUAAUGGUUCUCAAUUUUUCAUAACCACGGUAGCAACUCCAUGGCUUGAUAACAAACAUACAGUGUUUGGUAGAGUCAUCAAAGGAAUGGACGUUGUACAGGCCAUAGAGAAAGUGAAGACUGACAGAGAUGACAAGCCAUACCAAGAUGUCAAGAUUCUCAGUGUAACCAUACCCAAAUCCUAAGAGUGCUUACGUAUAAACAAAUGGAUGGUGGCUAGUAUUGGCUGCAAGUUGUCAGGACCAGGUAUGAGUGUGAUCCUUCUUUGGUACUGUAGGAUGGUUUUAGCAUGUCAUGGAAUCAAAUGUUUGGAAGGGUAAAAAAAAUUCCAGUAGGUUCACAGAAGACUACAAGAAGGGCUUGCUGUCUUGUUGAUGGUUUUGGAUUAAUUAUACCGGCACUGCCUCAGUGUGUUUUGGACUGCCUUACAUUUAGACUUUGGAUCUACUUGUCUGUGAAUCUGGAAAGAUACUGGGUUGUUUGUUCGUUUCUCUUUUUUAUAUCUUGGGAGGGGGUAGGGGCGAUGCUCUUGGUGUAUUCUGCUAUGGGCAGGGGUUGGAGUCAAUGCAUACAUCCAAAUUUAGGGAUGGGCAAAGCAAAGCUCUAACAGCUUAAACUAAAUGAUUCCGAAGACAAUCUUGUCUCAAUUGAACAAACAAUAUCGGGAAAAAAAAUGCUCAUUUAUUCAAUAUCAUCGUAGAAGUCUACUCCUAUCUUCUUUUCUUGGUUGUAUGUUUUGGAUCGCAUCAUCGUCAUCCAUAUAUGAGCCCUUUUUCUAUUUAUAUAAUAUUGGUUGGCAAUA